UCAUAACAAACUUGUUUUUUUUUUAGGUUAUGCGACAAUCGUUAACAGCGUAAAGGUUAUGUUUGAUUUCUUGUAAUCCAAGCAGUGUUUUCCAGUUGAAUUUGGUUCACGAUGCUAUAACUGCGGGUCAGGUGUCAAGUGAUUAUCGGAAACCGUUUAAAUCAAACUUGGUCUUAUGAUAUUUAUCACAAAAGUCAUCAAUGUGUAGUGCGGUAUUUCUCAAACUUGUGCGGCGUAGAUCAAGGUCACUUUUUGCUACAAUUGCGAAGUAAUUGCGCCUGAUCAAAGUAGCUACAGUUCAUUAACGCUCGUUCGUAUUAUUUGUAGUGUGCCCAUGCCCAGCAUCGGCAUUUGUCGUGUUUUCUUAGUGAAUAGGCUGGCUUCCAGAAUGUUUUCUUCAAAGCCCACUUACGAGGAUGCUGUACACAAGUUAAACUUGCUGCAAUCAAAUAAAUCUACUAUUGAGCAGAUACGCAAAGAUAUCAGGAUUGGCCAAAAAUGCACAAACCUAGAGGACAUGAAGAACUACCUGCAGAGGACUGGCGUCACAUUGCCAAUGUUGGAUCAACUGUCUGUGAUACACGUAGCUGGCACCAAAGGCAAAGGAUCCACAAGCGCCAUGUGUGAAUCGAUCCUCCGCACACAUGGUUUCCGCACGGGCUUCUACUCGUCACCGCACUUGGUGGAAGUGCGGGAACGGAUACGUCUCGAUGGUAUCACGCUAACAAGGAGCCAGUUUGCGGAACAUUUCUGUCAAGUUUACAAUGCGUUAUAUAAUACACAAUCUUUCGAAGGUGACAUGCCGAAGUACUUCGCGUUUCUCACGGUGCUUGCGUUCAACGUGUUCCUUAAGGAAAAGGUGGAUGUUGCUAUAGUCGAAGUCGGUAUCGGUGGUAUUGUGGAUUAUACUAAUAUUUUAAGAAAGGUACCAGUGGUUGGUAUAACAGCCCUUGGGCUGGAUCACACAUCAAUAUUGGGUCACACGCUACCUGAAAUAGCAGCCGCGAAGGCAGGGAUAAUGAAGCGCGGCUGCGAAGCGUACACUGUGACGCAGCCGACCGAAGCAAUGGACGUGCUUCGAACUGUUGCGUCUAAUACUGAGUGCUCUCUUAACGUGGUACCCGAUUUCGAUACAUACAAAUUCCAAAAUGGAUGCAAGUUAUCUAUCCCUUUACAAGCAUACCAAAUGAAUGCCUCUCUAGCUAUCCAACUAUCACACGCAUGGAUGCGCAUAGCUAAACAAAAUACUAGUUACAUCAUACAAAAACAAGUUAAUGGCAAUUGUAUGACAAAAUACAUCGAAUCAAAUGUAAUAGAAAAUGGUGAACCAGUAUUGGUCAAUACUCUGACUAAAGAAACGGUACUUGGUUUAAAGGAAUGCAAGUGGCCUGGAAGGUACCACAUUAUCAAGUCAGAUUAUGCACAGUUUUACUUAGAUGGAGCUCACACUAAAGAGUCUAUGGAAAUAUGUGCGCAAUGGUUCAUAGAAAAUAACAGGCGCCAAGCAAAAGUUUUGAUAUUCAGCGCAACUGGUGACCGAGAUGCCGAAGUACUUUUAAAACCACUGAAAGACAUAGAUUUUGAAACAGUGUUUAUUGUUAUUCCGACAGCAUACAAAGAAGUAACUAAAAGUAGCGAUAACUAUUCUUCAAUGGAACACAGAGAGUUACUAUCGCGGUGUAAAAAUCAUGCUAUAACAUGGAAAAAUAUAAAUAAGAAAUCAAAUAUUGUUGUGUUGCAAUGUGUAUCUGAUGCUUUAUUGAACGUUAAAAAUAACAGUCCUAACAAAUCUGUUUUAAUAACUGGAUCUUUACAUUUAGUCGGAGCAGCCUUGUCAAUAAUAGAUCCUAAUCUAAGUAAAGGUUAGCAAGAAUAAAACAAAAUUGUGUAACUCAUAUUAUGAUACAAGCCUGUGAUUAAAAUUGAGCUUUUUAGUUGUUGAUAAGUUAGUGAAUAAGCAACAUAUAAAUAAAAAAGAAGCUAUAAUAAAAAUGUAUUCUAAUGUUA